GUCGAGCUCGAGUUGGUUCAUUUUCCUCAUUUUUCUGGUGCUUUUCUUCAAUCCUGGCACCUUGAGAACAUUUGCAGAACCUCAUGAUAUUCAGCAGGUUGUUAAAGUAUCUUUGUAGGUCUGUGGGUGUUUUCCUCAACACAACACACUGUUAAGUUUGUUCAAGGUUCCACAAGCCUCCCUUUCAUUACCAUGCCACCUUUCUGUGAAUUAUGUGCGUUCUGGCUUCUGGUGGUUGCUGGUGCAGGCGAGGCUUUCAGUCAGAGAGCUGGCUUGAGUUUGGAAUGUCUUGGAAAUGUUAUGAAGCUUACCUUGGAUCGCUCUCUGUCUUUUGGACGUCAACUCAAAGUCGAAGCCCUCAAUGGUUCACAAAGCGUGAUGCUAACAGGAGCUCUGGCGAGUCAGUGUGGCUACAGCAUCGCGUCAGAUCCCUGGGGAAAUACGAGAAUCUACACAUCACUGCUAAGCUGCUUUACUCAUAACCAUGGUGAUGUCGUGUUUGAUACCGGACUGCGCCUGCAAUUUUACGGUAAUCAAAUGUCUGACAAUGUGCUUGAGGUGGAAAAGACCUGCGAAUACAAUCAGUGGGCUUCACGUGAGAUUCUCUGUGAACGAAACUUCAUGGAGGUCUCUGUCCACAGAGGACGCCUUGAUGUGAAUCUGCCUAAGCAGCCGAGACCAAUGGUGUCAGGAUUCUCUGUCGAUCAGCAGGUUUCUACCACUCUCAGCAAUAUUUGGAGGAUGGUCUUUUACACACCCAAAGAAAAACCGAUGAUGUUGGAUGAGGUUCGUGAAGCAGGUUAUGGCGUAUCGAUGACUUCCACACGACUGGUUCUGCGAAGCCCCUAUAACACACCUGACACGUAUACUGAGGAUGUGAAUGGGGUACAAAUGAAAGUGUUUAAAGUGAGCACCUACUUCAAGAAGGCUUGGUCUGUAACCAUUGUUGACGGUGCUGCUGUCUGUCCAACUGGUGGACUCCAUUUUACUGACAAACUCAUCACAUGGUACAUGCCUCAGUACAUCAGUCCUCUGAUGACGGCUCCUAACCAUCAGGUGCUUGAAAUCUACAUGGGGAUUAACGGAAAGAGGCUCAAUCAGACAGAGAUGAACGCUCGAGGCUAUACCAUGAUGAUGACCGAGCACCAGAUUAUCAUUACCCUGCCUGUUGGUGGUCCGGACGGCUAUUAUAAGAGCAGCGUGUUGGAUAACGAGUACCACAUCACUUAUAGUGUUGAACCGAUGCUUGAAAUGUUGUGGAUGGAAGGAAAGUCUGAAAUCACCAGAUACAAAGUCCAUUAUCCGAUCAUUACACCACCGGAGCAUCGACAACCUCACAUCACGAACCACACUGCUGAAGACUCGGACAUGUUUCAUAUCACUCUGGGUUCCUUCCUUCCCGAUGUGGAGCUGCUGAACAUCACCUUGUCCAAUGGAGUGAUGAGCGUUGACGAGGCCAACGAAAGAGGACUGAACUUACAGGAACACUUAUUUCCUAACGGCUCCAAGGUUUUCAGCAUCAAGGUCCCUUUCUCUGAUCCCUCUGUCCUGAGAACGCAUGUGAAGCUGAUGAACAUGGUCUACAGGCUCCCCAUCACCUUUGGCUUGUUGGUGCUUCCUGAAUUUAUUCCCUUUUCUCACUUCGCUUUAGUUGAAGCUACUCGUGAGGAUGUGGCGAUGAUUUAUAUGAAUGGAGUCUGCGAUGACAGGAACUUCUACAUCACGAUUGAACACGGGAACCAAAGUGUAAACUUCCGCGUGAGGGUCGGGACGCGUGACCUCUCGGCUGACCUCUACAGGGAGUACAGCGUGAAGGAGAACGGCACUCAUUUAGACCUGACCGUGCCUUUCCUGGCGCAGGACGUUGUGUUUGAGAAGGCGAAUCAGUCAUCCGUGAGAGCUCGUAUUAAUGUAGUUAUAACACACAAUGAUUGGCAGUUUAAAAACUUCUCCCUUGCCUGCACCUUUCCCUUGAUCAUGACAGAAUGUUUUGCGAACGGAUCCAUAACUGCGCUCGCCGUCAAGGUGAAAUCGGCGAGCCAGGUGAUCCCCAGCCAGUUGACGCUGAGAGACCCCUCGUGUAAACCCGCCUUCAGCAACAACCGCUUUGCGUACUUCUCCUUUGAUGCAAGCAGCUGCAAAACCACCAGGAGGUUCCACGAUGGCAUCAUGACGUAUGAGAACACCAUCUCGAUGGGCGAGGGGAAGUCUGCUGUACCUGCGCUGCAUAAGGCCACAAAAAACAGUCUGGAGUACAGUGUGUUGGUGGUCUGCAACUACAAGAUAACCAAAACGCUGGCUAUGACAUUCUCCGCCGUGCUGCGCCCAAGCACACUUCAUGUGGAUCCUGGUUUUGGAGAACUGCAUGUCAGGAUGAGGCUCGCUAGAGAUGCCUCUUAUGAUACCUUCUACCUGGCUGAGGAGUAUCCAGUGGCGCAGUAUUUAAAGCAGCCUCUAUUCUUCGAGGUAGAGCUGAUGCAGUCCACUGACCCACAAAUAGAGCUGGUGCUGGAGAACUGCUGGGCUUCGGCUAAUCACAGAGGCUCAGUGUUCAGCUGGGAUCUCAUUGUGAACGGCUGUGCGAAUCCAGGAGACCGGUACCAAAUCACAUUCUACCCCGUCGCAUCCGACGUCCGGGUUCGAUACCCGACUCAUGUGAGGCGCUUCAAAAUCGACAUGUUUACUUUCGUCAAAGACGACAUGCCUCUUCAUGAUCAGAUCCUGGUCCAAUGUGAAACCGUUCUGUGUGACGUCCACCAGUCUGACGGUGUCUGUAACACAGAGUGUCCGUCAUUUAAGUCAGAAAAUGUUAAAAGAGGACGCAGGAACAUAGGACGUGAACAUUACCGGAUGUGGGUCUCGUCUGGAAAGAUUUUCCUCUCCAGCAUGUAGCUCAGAUAUGAAUAA